AUGACAACAGGACGUAAAGGAAAACCAAGAGGUCUCCAGGCCGCUCGCAAGCUCCGCACCACUCGCCGUGAGAACCGUUGGGCUGACAAGCACUACAAGCGUCAGGCUCUCGGAACUGCUUUCCGUUUCUCUCCCUUCGGUGGUUCCUCCCACGCCAAGGGCAUCGUUCUCGAGAAGAUCGGUGUUGAGGCCAAGCAGCCCAACUCUGCUAUUCGCAAGUGUGUCCGUGUCCAGCUGAUCAAGAACGGCAAGAAGAUCACUGCCUUCGUCCCCAACGAUGGUUGUUUGAACUUUGUCGAUGAGAACGACGAGGUUCUCAUUGCCGGUUUCGGUCGUUCCGGCCACGCCGUCGGAGAUUUGCCCGGUGUCCGUUUCAAGGUCGUCAAGGUCUCCGGUGUCUCCCUCCUUGCCUUGUGGAAGGAGAAGAAGGAGAAGCCCCGCUCUUAA